AUGGACUUCCUAGUAGGAACCUUCAACCACCCCUCCCUCUACCUCCUCCAAUUCACCCCUCCCUCCCCAUCUCAACCCUCCGCAACUCUCAAACUCCUCAAAGACCACCCCGCCAUAGCAGGCCACUCCUGGCUCUCCCUCUCCCCGACAAAAGAAUACCUCUACUGCACAGCCUGGACCACCAAACCCUCCGUAGCAGCCUACCACCUCAAAUCCUCAGCCCGAGAAAUCCAAUUCCUCAAUGCCAAACAGGUCGCUUCUCUUUCCGGCUAUGUCUGCUCCAACUCCACCCACCUCUUCUCAGCAGGCGGUCCUUCGGGGGAAGUAUUCCGUCUCGAAGCCGACGGCUCCAUAGGAAACCUCGUCCAGACUCUGGAUUUCGUCACCGAUCAGGGCGAAAACCAAUCUGAAAAGCGCGGAGAAGUGGCGCAUGGAGAUUUCGGCGGUCUGCGGCAUGGAGCGCAUAGUGUCGAUCUUUCUCCCGAUGGAAAGGCACUGUACAUUGCAGAUAUCGGAAGGAAUUGUAUUUGGACGUAUGCGGUAGUGCACUCCAAGCGAGGAAUCCAGGAGCCCCCGUUGCGAUUUGGGGGGAAGUUUAGGGCGCCUAGAGGAAAUGAUGGACCGAGGCAUACUUGGCCGCAUCCUAAUGGGAAGAUUCUAUAUUCUUUGCAGGAACAUAGUAGUAUGGUUGAUGUGUUUUCCUUGGGAGAAGGUGGUGUGACGGAGUUGCAGCACGUCCAAGGAGCGGAGAUUCUUCCGCAAGGAAAGAAUUGUGGGGAUUUCUGGGCGGAUGAAGUGAGAUAUUCUACGGGACCUGAUCCUAUGAAACCGAAAUAUCUCUAUGCUUCUACGAGGGGAUUGUCCAAGGACACCAAAGGGUUCGUGGCGGUGUAUCGGCUUCGGGAAGAUGGCAUGUUGGAAUCGGAAGUUCCGGUGUAUGUCUGGGAGACUCCUACGAGUGGGGGAUUGGCGAAUGCUAUUGAGCCCGCGCCUUGGAGGGAGGAGUUUGGCGGGAAAGAGUACCUUGCAAUGUGCGAUAGUGAGGAAGGAGUUGUGUCGAUGUUGGAAUUUGAUGGGGAGAAAUUAGCGGAGGUUGCGAGGGUGGUGUUGGGAGUCACCGAAGAGGGCAAGGUCAUUGGCGCAGCCACUCCUGUUUGGUUGUAA